AUGACCGAGGCUCAAUUCCCAUACGAGAUUACCUCCUGGCCCAUGGAGAGUCUCGUUGAUUCACAUAUGGGACAACACGAUGAGCUUAGCCCGCACCCUUUCAUCGCCAGCGACUUUCCUCUGCCAAUGCAGGAGGAACUGGACGCUUCCUGGACUGCGGAGCAGUUCAACUGGGCGAAUGAAUACCCGGUUAAAUCGACAGCAUUUCAGCCAUAUCCGCAAAUGUGGUAUGAUGCUGGUCUAGUAAGAGAAGAAUGUGGAGGCAAGAAAACUGAUCCUACAAGCUUCUCCCUCCACCAAUCAAGCCCCUUCCAAACCACCGAGAAUCCCCCGAUGCAUCCCCGCCCAGAUCUCGAGCUCGCAACACAAAGAGCACUCUUUAUGACUCCCACUCCAAAUACUCUCGGCUUCCCUUUCCCCGGAUCACCAUCCUCAGAUCCCAACGCAUCCCCAGAACCAAGCCAUGCUUCAUCAAGCGGGUGGGAAGGCGAAGCCGAGCACGACGAUACCCAAUACAUGCAAUUCGAUUUCGGGCCGUCAAAUUUCGGAGCCUCGGCGCCAAACGCCCAUUAUCAGGCUCAUGGUCAGACCCACAGUCUCAGCUCCCCGCACCGUCGACAAUCACGAAUAGACGAGGAGUGUCUCACACCACUCGAGAUGCCGGAUGGCAGUACCCGCAUGACAUCAAAUUGGCUGCCCGUUGACCCUGACGCGGGAUUUGCGAUUGGUUCUUCCAUGGUGAUGAAUGAGGAUAUAGCGUUCCAGGAUAUGAGGCAUGCUUUCUUCCCGUCUGUGUCCCCGGCUUGGUCAUAUGAUCGAUGA